AUGAGGGUUGGGGCUGGCGCGUCCAUAGAGGUAGAGGUGGGGCACACCCCAGCCAGAUCACUGGAAACUACGUCCAGUGCAAGGCUGCUCCUUUUAUACCAGGUCACAACCUGGUGGGGAGGAUUUGACGUGGUCACUCUGCGACGAAAGGGAGCCUAUAUGAUUGAUGUGAAUACCUACUUCACCCCAAGUGAAACAUGUACUCUCUGCUCCAACCCGCUUCAAGGCAACGUGCUGCAAAAACUGCCAGUCUCUGCAGUGGACUGGCGUGCAUUCAGCCAAUGCAGUGCCAAUAUUUACAGCAGUGUCCACAGCUCUGUUAGCUCUCUGAUUGACACUUACACCUCCCAGGACAGUGCUGACUGGAAGGUUGGCCUAAAUUUAGAGAAGUCUGUGGCUGCUAGCCUGGAUGUGGGAGGAACGCAAUCCGCUGCCUAUAACUUUGCUUCAAAAAGGACAAAAGAGGACCGCCACACCUUCAGCACAGACAGGGUCACCUGCAACCAUUACAGUUACCGAGUAUCAGACAGAGCGCCUCUCAGCUCUGAGUUCAGUUCGGCUGUAGCUAAGCUACCAGGUUUCUACAACAACUCCACCAGAGCUCAAUACAGUCAGCUCAUACACACCUAUGGCACGCACUACAUCCGCCAGGUUCACCUUGGUGGUCGACUGAGGCGAGUCACAGCUGCACGAACCUGUCUGUCCUCACUGAACGGACUCACCUCAAAUCAGGUCCACUCCUGUUUGUCGCUGGGUUUCUCUGUCGGCUUGGGAAAGAGCCAACUAUCUGGUAACAGAGACUCUUGCAACAAGGUCCUACAAAACCAGGGUCUCUCUGUUACAUACAGCUCUGGACUCUACCAACACUACACAGAGGUGGUAGGAGGCAAUGGUUGGUUGGGAGAGUUUGCACUCACGCGUAAUGACUCCCUUGGUUUUCUAACUUGGCUGAAGACACUGAAGGAUCACCCAGAUGUUGUUUCCUACUCCCUUCGGCCAAUCUACGAGCUGAUGACAAAUGAUACGCAAAAGACAGGGAUGAAAGCUGCCAUUGAGCAGUACUUAGAGGACAAUGCUGUGAAAAAAUCACCCAGUGAGCCAAACUGUGGUUCAAACAUUCCUAAUCUGGCUUCCAACUGCUGUCCUCUGCAAGCCUGGAGGGGGACGCUAAAGGUUACCAUUGUGCGAGCCUGGGACCUGAAAGGAGAUCCAGUUGGCGAGACCGAGGGCUAUGCAAAAAUGUGGUUUGGCUCCAUCUAUCGGCAGACUCGUUGGAUUCGGUCAAACAAUCCCUGGUGGAACGCUUAUUAUAAUCUGGGCAAGGUGGACACACACUCUGGUUUGAAGGUUGAAGUUUGGGACAAGGACGUAUGGCAUGAUGACCUUCUGGGAUCAUGUUUCAAGUAUCUUCAGCAGGGGACACACACAUUUACCUGCCCAGCUAAAAGAGGAGGUUUUGAGGUCCGGUACACUCUGACAUGUGACCCUCAUCUGACUGGAGACCGGUGUAACAGUUACAAACCAUCUGCAAAAUAACAAAUGUAUUUUGAGUUAAUUAAUGUAAAAAUUCAUGUGACUCAUCAGUUUAUGGAUUUAUUUUGCUACCACUAAGAGAUAACUGUAUUCAGUUUUUAGCCUUUAUAUAAGCUACAGUUCAGGGCUGUAUUCAUAUAUUAAUAUUUUUAAGUGAUAGAAAAAUCGUACUUUUUUGGUUUUCAGUAGUUUUUAAUGAUAAAUAAUUACACACACACUGAAUCAGCUGCUGUGUAUUUCUACUAAUAUGUGAGUCUAAUUUCAGUUGUGUAAAAAUGAUCAAAUCCUUGUUGUGUCACUUUACUUCUGAUUCAAAUAAAGCCUGUCAAAAACA